AUGCUUCCCUUUUUGUAUCCGGCCGCCUCGAGAUGUAGCGCCUCCAUGCUCGCUAGCCGCACAGUAGCACAAAAAGCUACGUCCGGUAUCACAAAGACGUCUCUGCGGGCAUCAUCCUCGCGCCAGGUGACUCGUAGCAUAUCAAUGGCCGCCGGCGCGAGGUAUAUUUCGACAUCGUCACGGCGUCUUUCUCCAGCAUCUUCUUCCAAGACACAAUCCCAGACUGCUCCGCAACCCUCCGCCUCGACAUCAUCAUCCGCCUCUUCCGCAGCAUUUGUUCCCUCAUCAUCCUCUCACCACGCUGCCAGCGAAGCAUCUCGUCUCGACGCGGCCGAAACUGCCAGUGUCGAUCCCGCAUGUGCCACUUUGUCGCCAUCUUCGCCAGCGUCCCCCAAGUCGCAGAAGGAUCCGCGAGUCGCAGAUAUCUCCGUAUCAUCGCAACCUGCUCCAGCUCCGUCACCCGCCACGCCUGCGCCGAGCGCCUCGGACCCGGCACCAUCGUCUAAACUCAGCCCUUCGGAAGCCGCCGAGCUUGCCAAAGAUCCCAAGGUAGCCGCCACUAUGCUCGAGGCCGCCUCAUCAGCACCUGCCGCAGCGAAGAAGGCGCCGUCAGACCGGGGCACCAAAUUCCGUUCGCGCACGGCCGCACUCAAGCUCACGCCUACCGCCGUUCUGCGUCUUCGUGGGCUCAUGGAAUCCGACUCUGGUCCCAAGCUUAUUCGCGUCGGCGUGCGCAACAAAGGCUGCGCGGGCAUGUCGUACCAUCUCGAAUACAUCAAGCCCGAGGAGGCAGGUCGAUUCGACGAGAGGGUAAAGCAGGACGGCGUCGAGGUCCUCAUUGACAGCAAGGCGCUCUUCAGCAUCAUUGGCAGCGAGAUGGACUGGCAGGAAGAUCGACUCAGCGCUAAGUUCGUAUUCAACAACCCCAACGUCAAAGAGGCUUGCGGCUGUGGAGAGUCGUUCCUUACCUAG